AUGCUUGCCACGCUCGGCCCAGAUAGUCUCAAUCUACACAAGUUCACUCCGUGGUCAACAACGCUGCAUGCGUUAGGUUUACUAUGGGAUCUCAACGAAGGCCAUGUGUCCAUGCCCGCUGAAAAGAUUCACAAGGCAAAACUACGGGUACAACGUCUGGCGCAGCGCAAAGUCGCAUCUCGGAACGACAUCGAAAAGACGCUGGGGAGCCUUCGUCAUGUAUGCUCGUGCAUCCGCGCAGCACGCGCAUUCUACCAAAACCUCCAACAGGUGUUACACCGCUUUCCUCGGUUCGGCACUCACCGCUUGCCUCCGUCUGCCGUCGCCGACCUAUCUUGGUUCAUGGCAAUCCUCGACGUGGGUCAUCUCGUCAACGUGCCAACGUCAAUCUUCGCUGGCAUGUCCACGCCAGAGGUCACGCUCGAGAUGGACGCGAGCGACGAAGGCCUCGCAAUCAUGUUUCCCGCCCGCCGUCUCUUCAUCGUGCUGACCUGGGAUGCAGCGGAACUGGACCUCAUCGCCAAAUGCAAAGCCCGCGUGGCCGAGGCCAAACCAUCCAAUGAAAUUGCAGAUUCAACAAGCCCAACCAAUCCAAUUUCACCUCAG